UCGGGGGCCAUUUUGUGAAGAGGCGAAGACUGAGCGAUUGCGACCGCGUUGCCGACCUCGAGCAGCAAUCGGCUUCUUCACGUAGAACCCAGGGGUAGGAGAUUCAGAAUCGAAUCUCUUCUCCCUUCCCCCUCCUGUGAGAUUUUUUUGAUCUUCAGCUACAUUUUCAGCUUUGUGAGGCACCGUAUCAUCAAAGACAAUGGCCAGCAAUGUUACCAACAAGACGGAUCCUCGCUCCAUGAACUCUCGUGUAUUCAUUGGGAAUCUCAAUACCCUUGUGGUCAAGAAAUCUGACGUGGAGGCAAUCUUCUCAAAAUACGGCAAAAUCGUGGGUUGCUCUGUUCAUAAGGGCUUUGCCUUCGUUCAGUAUGUUAAUGAGAGAAAUGCCCGGGCUGCUGUGGCAGGAGAGGAUGGCAGAAUGAUUGCUGGCCAGGUUUUAGAUAUUAAUCUGGCUGCAGAGCCAAAAGUGAACCGAGGAAAAGCAGGUGUGAAACGAUCUGCAGCGGAGAUGUACGGGUCAGUACCAGAACACCCUUCUCCGUCCCCUCUACUCAGCUCAUCUUUUGACUUGGACUAUGACUUUCAACGGGAUUAUUACGACAGGAUGUACAGUUACCCAGCACGUGUUCCUCCUCCUCCUCCUAUUGCUCGGGCUGUAGUGCCCUCAAAACGCCAGCGUGUAUCAGGAAACACCUCACGAAGGGGCAAAAGUGGCUUCAAUUCUAAGAGUGGACAGCGGGGAUCUUCUUCUAAGUCUGGAAAGUUGAAAGGAGAUGACCUUCAGACCAUUAAGAAGGAGUUAACCCAGAUAAAACAAAAAGUGGACUCUUUACUGGAAAGCCUGGAAAAAAUUGAAAAAGAACAGAGCAAACAAGGAGUAGAGAUGAAGAAUGAUAAGUCAGAAGAGGAGCAGAGCAGCAGCUCCCUGAAGAAAGAUGAGACUAAUGUGAAGAUGGAGUCUGAGGGGGGUGCAGAUGACUCUGCUGAGGAGGGGGACCUACUGGAUGAUGAUGAUAAUGAAGAUCGGGGGGAUGACCAGCUGGAGUUGAUCAAGGAUGAUGAAAAAGAGGCUGAGGAAGGAGAGGAUGACAGAGACAGCGCCAAUGGCGAGGAUGACUCUUAAGCACAUAGCGGGGUUUAGAAAUCUUGUCCCAUUAUUUCUUUACCUAGGCGCUUGUCUAAGAUCAAAAUUUUCACCAGAUCCUCUCCCCUAGUAUCUUCAGCACAUGCUCACUGUUCUCCCCAUCCUUGUCCUUCCCAUGUUCAUUAAUUCAUAUUGCCCUGCGCCUAGUCCCAUUUUCACUUCCUUUGACCCUCCUAGUAGUUACGUUAAGUCUUACCCUGUAAUUUUUGCUUUUAAUUUUGAUACCUCUUUAUGACUUAACAAUAAAAAGGAUGUAUGGUUUUUAUCAACUGUCUCCAAAAUAAUCUCUUGUUAUACAGGGAGUACAGUUCUUUCCAUUCAUACAAUAGUUGCUUCCCUAACUACAAAGGCAGUCUCAUUAGUUGAGUAGAACCUGAGAGCAGCUUUGAGUUAGAGGUAUGUGUGUUAUACCCCACAUAAGAGUGCUGUGUGGGGCUGUUCAACACAAAUGUAACAAUGUAUUUUUGUGAAUGAGAGUUGGCAUGUUAAGUGCAUCCUCUAGAAAAAUAACUAGUGUAAUAGUCUUAAGAUUUGUUUUCUAAAGUUGAUACUGUGGGUUAUUUUUGUGAACAGCCUGAUGUUUGGGACCUUUUUUUCUCAAAAUAAACAAGACCUUAUUAAACCAGGAAU